GCGGCGCAUGUUGUCAGAGGAAAUGGUAUGCAGCUCGAUCUGGGCUGUUCCUCCCUCUGUCCCGUAGCAUACCGAUCAUCCGGCUGUUAUUGCACCGAGGACAUCCUGUUUUCAUCUGACUAACCGGCUGCUGAGACACAUUUUAGGGGAGUGUUUUUUUCGCUAAGUAUGCCCCAAAGGAACCGCUAGAAACACGGUUAACAGCUGGACAUGGCUUCGGUUCGGAUUGUCAGCAAAGUUACGGCGAGAAUUUUUGGAAGUAUUCCGCCUGUUUGUUAUUACGGUGUCAAUGCUGCACGUCCAGUUACAUUUCUCCAACAGGUUCAGCAGAGGCCGCCUUCCCUUGGAAGUUGCCGAGCUCUUUUCUACAGUACACUCCCGCCCUCCUGUGAUGUUUCCUUGAGUUAUAAAUAUGGCCGCUUGGUUCUGGAGGUCCCGUUGCCCUCCAGGAAUGAGAAUUGCCUGUUCUACCUGCGGCCCAUGCUGAUGAGUGUAGGAGACCUGAUCACAGAUCUGCAGAGAGAGGACCCCGGAGUCACUGCCUCCGUUUUAUCCAAGGAUGACGAGUGUGUCGCCAACACAACUCUGAUAGACGCCUUGCUGGACAAAGACUUCAAGCUGGUCAUCAAUGAUACUGUUUUUAAUGUCUGCUGUCCUGAAAAGGCGUGUACGUCCAGUGAGCACAGCAUGGGACUGGAGGACAUGAAGCACGUUGUGCAUCUACUGCACACGGCUCUCCACCUGCCUGAGCACCACCUGCUGACAGAGAGGCAGCUGCUGGAGAGACUCGACAACCUCAAACAGGAGCUGUCCCCUAUGGAGAAGGUUAAAGCACAGCUGUCCCGUUCGGCAGAGUUCCACAGCUCCAGGGUCGUCUGGACCGGCCUGGCCGUGUUGUCUGUGCAGGGUGGUGCUCUGGCGUGGCUCACAUGGUGGGUCUAUUCAUGGGAUGUCAUGGAGCCUGUGACGUACUUCAUCACAUACGGCACCAGCAUGGGAGCCUUUGCCUAUUAUGUCCUCACCAAACAGGAUUAUAUCUACACAGAGGUUAAAGACAGAAAGUUCCUGCAAUACUUUUACAAGGGGGCGAGCAAGAACAAAUUCAACGUGAACAAAUACAACGAACUGAAGGAUGAACUGGCUCAGGUGGAGGAGGACCUGAAACGUCUGAGGGAACCAACUCAACUCCAGCUACCACUUGAACUGAUCCAGCCAAAGCCAUAAACAAAGCCAAGCCAUGAUUACUGAUCACUAAAACUUUCACACUCCGGGUGGGGGGGGGUUAAUUUCCUUCUUUAUUUUGAUAGACAACUUUUUACCAGGAAUCCAUAUCAUUCUUUUCUUUAUUUUACAGUCUUGAUAAUGAUGCCAAUUAUGUCACAGAGGAUUAUUGAAUAAAAAGUAUUUCCCAUACAUGGAGAGAA